AUGGCUGGGGUCAAUUUCACUGACGUGUCUCUCUUCAGCCUCUCUGGAUUUGCAAGUCACCCUGAGCUCCGAGUCUGCCUCUUCCUGGUGUUCCUGUUCAUUUAUCUCUUCACCGUCUUGGGGAACCUGGGACUCAUCUUACUAAUCAGGACUGACUCUCGGCUCCACACACCUAUGUACUUUUUCCUUAGUAACUUAGCAUUCAUUGACGUCUUCUAUUCUUCCACCGUAGCACCCAAAGCACUGGCCAAUCUACAGUCCAAGCAGAAAUACAUCUCUUUCGUGGGCUGCUUUGUUCAGAUGUACGUUUUUGUUGGCUUGGUGUGCAGCGAAUGUUUUCUUUUGGGGUCCAUGGCCUACGAUCGUUACGUAGCGAUCUGCAAUCCUUUGUUGUAUUCGGUGGUCAUGUCCCAGAAAGUGUGCAACUGGCUGGGAGCCAUGCCCUACGUAGGCUUCACGAAUUCUCUGGUCUCUGUGUGUGUGAUAAGCAGUUUGUCCUUCUGCGACUCCAGCAUCAAUCACUUUUUCUGCGACACCAUAGCCCUGCUGGCCCUGUCCUGCACAGAAGCAUUCAACACGAAACUGGUGAUCUUCGUCUUGGCAGGGUUCACGAUCUUCAGUUCUCUCCUCAUCAUCACUGGCACUUACUCGGCCAUCCUAUCAGCCAUCCUGAGGAUCCAGUCUGCAGAGGGCAAGCAGAAGGCCUUCUCCACCUGUGCCUCCCAUCUCACUGGUGUGACCGUCUUCUAUGGGUCCCUGAUUUUCACAUAUUUGCAGCCUGAUAACACUUCAGCCUUGACUCAGGCACAGGUGGCUUCUGUGUUCUAUACUAUAGUCAUCCCCAUGCUGAACCCUCUCAUCUACAGCCUGAGGAACAAAGACGUGAAAGACGCUCUCCUGAGAAUCCUGCCCAGGAAAUGGUUUCUGUGA